AUUGAGAAUUCCGUGCGGUCCCUUGCUAGGCCCCCCACCAACGCCACUCGCUCUGUGAACUUUGGCUGGCUUGUCUUUACAAUAGCAUAGUGCUACCUGCUUCCAUUACUCACUUUCCCCAUUUUCUCACCACUUAUUUCUACAAUAAUUGACCAUGGCCUCCUCCAGCGAUUUCACCCUCCUUUGUCUUGAGAACCCCCUCCUGGAUAUCCAGGCUGUGGGAACGCAGGAACUCCUCGACAAGUACGACCUCAAGGCCAACGACGCUAUUCUUGCCGAAGACAAGCACAAGGGCCUUUAUGAGGACCUCCUGAACAACUACGAUGCGAAGCUGAUUGCCGGCGGUGCUGCGCAGAACACUGCUCGUGGCGCCAGCUAUAUCCUCAAACCCAACAGCGUCGUCUACCUUGGCGGUGUCGGUGACGACAAGUACGCCGCCAUCCUCAAGGAUGCUGUGAAGCAGGCUGGCCUCCGUGUCGAGUACCGUGUCGAUCCCAAUGAGCCCACCGGUCGUUGUGGCGUCGUCAUUACCGGCCACAACCGCAGCUUGUGCACUGACCUCGCUGCUGCCAACCACUAUGAUCUUGACCACCUCAAGUCCCCCGAGAUUUGGCCUCUUGUCAAAAAUGCCCAGUUCUACUAUGUUGGCGGAUACCACUACACGGUCUGUGUUCCCGCCAUCAUGACCCUUGGUCAGGAGGCUGCCGACAACAACAAGAUCUUCAUUGUCAACCUCAGCGCCCCAUUCAUUCCCCAGUUCUUCAAGGAUCCCGUGGAUCAGAGUGCCAAGUUCUGGGACUAUGUCAUCUGCAACGAGAGUGAGGCUGCAGCUUACGCUGAGAGCCAUGAACUCGAGUCCAAGACUGAUAUCAAAGCCAUUGCCAAGAGCAUCGCGAACCUGCCCAAAGCCAAUACCUCGCGGCCUCGUAUUGUCGUCGUAACUCAGGGUACCGAGCCGACGCUUGUAGCUAUUCAAGGCAGCGACGAAGUCAAGGAGUACCCUGUGCACGCCAUCGCCAGCGAGGAUAUCAAUGACACCAAUGGUGCUGGCGAUGCUUUCGCCGGUGGUUUCGUUGCUGGCCUGGUUGAGGGCAAAUCUCUCGAGACCGCCGUUGACAUGGGACAAUGGCUUGCUAGGUUGAGCAUCCAGGAGCUGGGACCCUCAUACCCCUUCCCCAAGAAGACCUACAAGGCCACAGCGUGAAAGACCAACAUUUGGUUAGCGGUGUGAGGGCAAGCUGAGUAUGGCCCUUCAACGGGUUGUCGACAACAUUGCGCAAGAGCUCGGCAUGUUGGAAUGACUGAAGUUCAAGUAGAGGGGUUUGGGCGUUUUGCAAGGAAUUAUAUAGACAAUCAACAAGGACUGAG